AUGGUGUUUAANCUGGUUUCGCUGAGCGAACAGAACUUGAUGGACUGCUCUAGAUAUCUGGGCAACAAGGGCUGUAACGGUGGUAUGGAAAAGUUGGCGUUUCAGUAUGUUCAUGAAAAUGGUGGUCUGGACUCUGAAGAAUCGUACCCGUACCAGGCAAAGGACAACCUGCAUUGCUUCUACAAUGCGUCCUACAACGCCAUCAUGGUUGACGGCUACGCUUCCAUUCCCAGUGGCAGCGAGGAAGACCUGAUGGAGGCCGUCGCCACCAUGGGGCCAAUUUCUGUUGCUAUAGAUGCCAGUCAUGAUUCCUUCCAGUUUUACCAGUCAGGCGUCUACUAUGAAGAGAACUGCAGCACUGAGUGGCUGAAUCAUGCCGUCCUCCUGGUGGGUUACAGCUACUCUGAUCAGGAUUACUGGAUCGUGAAGAACAGCUGGAGUGAAAACUGGGGCAACAACGGCUACAUCCACAUGGCUAAAGACAGGAAUAACAACUGUGGCAUUGCAACAGAUGCCAGUUUUCCUGUCAUCCUCUAAACAACAUUUCCUUUUACUCCUGAGGGCAAAAGAAUGAAAAUAAAGUCUCAAAGUUG